AGGGGGCGGGGCUCGGCCUGGCUGCAGCCAUUUUGGUGCGAGAGAAACAAUAGGUCGGAAUCGCCGAGGAACCCGGCUGAGGCAGCAGCUUCCUAGGUGACAGACAGGUACACUGUAUGCUAGCCCUGUAUCUGUCUGAGCAGUGGAAUGUGCCGGGAAAGAAGGAGCAACCACUGACUGAACCUUUGCCAGUCUCCCUUCCAAGAGGGAUGCCAGAGCCUUCUGUAUGCUCCUGAGAUGUCACUGGUAUCUAGGCAACAGGGAUGAGCCUGAACCUCUCUGAGGCCAGCUUGCUGAGAGCAUCCUGGCCAGAACAAGCCAAGGAGCCACAACGAGAGGGACACACAGACAACAGACGGAAGACGUACUGGCCGCUGGACUCCGCUGCCUCUAUCUCCCCGCCAUCUGCGCCCGGAGGAUGAGCCCAGCCUUCAGGGCCAUGGAUGUGGAGCCCCGCGCCAAAGGCGUCCUGCUGGAGCCCUUUGUCCACCAGGUCGGGGGGCACUCAUGUGUGCUCCGCUUCAAUGAGACAACCCUGUGCAAGCCCCUGGUCCCAAGGGAACAUCAGUUCUACGAGACCCUCCCUGCUGAGAUGCGCAAAUUCACUCCCCAGUACAAAGGUGUGGUAUCUGUGCGCUUUGAAGAAGAUGAAGACAGGAACUUGUGUCUAAUAGCAUAUCCAUUAAAAGGGGACCAUGGAAUUGUGGACAUUGUAGAUAAUUCAGACUGUGAACCAAAAAGUAAGCUCCUAAGGUGGACAACAAACAAAAAACAUCAUGUCUUAGAAACAGAAAAGACCCCUAAGGACUGGGUGCGUCAGCACCGUAAAGAGGAGAAAAUGAAGAGCCAUAAGUUAGAAGAAGAAUUUGAGUGGCUAAAGAAAUCUGAAGUCUUGUACUACACUGUAGAGAAGAAGGGGAAUAUAAGUUCCCAGCUUAAACACUAUAACCCUUGGAGCAUGAAAUGUCACCAGCAACAGUUACAGAGAAUGAAGGAGAAUGCAAAGCAUCGGAACCAGUACAAAUUUAUCUUACUGGAAAACCUGACUUCCCGCUAUGAGGUGCCUUGUGUCCUUGACCUCAAGAUGGGCACACGACAACACGGUGAUGAUGCUUCAGAGGAGAAGGCAGCCAACCAGAUCCGAAAAUGUCAGCAGAGCACAUCUGCAGUCAUUGGUGUGCGUGUGUGUGGCAUGCAGGUGUACCAGGCAGGCAGUGGGCAGCUCAUGUUCAUGAACAAGUACCAUGGACGGAAGCUGUCGGUGCAGGGCUUCAAGGAGGCACUUUUCCAGUUCUUCCACAAUGGGCGGUACCUGCGCCGUGAACUCCUGGGCCCUGUGCUCAAGAAGCUGACUGAGCUCAAGGCAGUGUUGGAGCGACAGGAGUCCUACCGCUUCUACUCAAGCUCUCUGCUGGUCAUCUAUGAUGGCAAGGAGCGGCCCGAAGUGGUCCUGGACUCAGAUGCUGAGGAUUUGGAGGACCUGUCAGAGGAAUCAGCUGAUGAGUCUGCUGGUGCCUAUGCCUACAAACCCAUUGGCGCCAGCUCUGUAGAUGUGCGCAUGAUUGACUUUGCACACACCACCUGCAGGCUGUAUGGCGAGGACACUGUGGUACAUGAGGGCCAGGAUGCUGGCUAUAUCUUCGGGCUCCAGAGCCUGAUAGACAUUGUUACAGAGAUAAGUGAGGAGAGUGGGGAGUGAGCUUGCUAGCUGCUCCAGUACUUGAAAGAGACUCUGUGUCCCAGGCACAGCUGCGCUGUGUCAGGGAGGAGGCCGGUAUGGCCAGGUGGUGGCUCCUGCAGCCUGGAGCUGAUGUGCAGUGGCCUCUGUGAGCCCCAGCCUGAGCCAGCCCUAGCUGCGCUUGGAGUCUUUAUUUAUUUUAACUAUUUCUUCAACAUUCCACAUUUGAUGAUGAUACCUCUUUCUUCCCUGAGUGUCUAUGUUCUAAUACAAAUCUUUUUGUUUAUUGUA